GCGCUUAUACUUACUCUCUUCUCUCCUCUUCCUCUGCCUAAAACCCCAUAAAUGAUUCAUAAAGAAAUAUAUCAUUUUUCUUACUCUGACAAAAGAAAAAAACUAAUCUAAACUUCCUCGAUUUAAGGGAAUCUAUAAUCUCCGGAGACAGAUUUCAUUUCUGCAUCCUCCAUUCAUCCAUUGAUUUGAAGGGUUUCUCGAAAUAGGUAACAAGUUCGAGACUUUUGCAACCGCGUGAAAACACCAAAACCAAAGUGUGUAGCUUCCGAAAAUGUGAUUUUUGAAGACAGCUCAUUACUCUGUCAACUUCAACAAUUUACUUGUUGUGUUUAAGUAUCGAAGCCGAAGCAGGUACACCCAAUAACUUGGUCUGAAAAAAAAAACACGGAGGUAUGUUUGGAAUCAAUGGUACUUUGCUUCAUCGGCUGAUUUGUCUCGGCCUCUGGUGGUCUUUGUUCGGCGGAGGAGAGACGGUGGUAAUGGCGGAGGAUGAGGCUAAAGACAGAGCGCUUAAUCAGACACCGACUUGGGCUGUUGCAGCCGUCUGCACUUUCUUCAUCGUUGUCUCCGUUGUUCUUGAGAAGCUGAUUCACAAAGUUGGAACGGUUCUAUCGGACCGGCACAAGAAAGCUCUUCUCGAUGCCUUGGAGAAGAUCAAAUCAGAGCUGAUGAUUCUUGGAUUCAUCUCUUUGCUUCUGACAUUUGGACAAAACUACAUUUUGAAGAUUUGUAUCCCUUCACAUGUUGCUCAUACGAUGCUCCCGUGCCCUGCUCCUACUGCAUGGAAAGAGGAGGAGGAUGAGAAAGGGGAAGGUCACAGGAGACUCUUGUGGUUUGAGCACAGAUUCCUAUCAGGAGAUGAACCACCUUCCAAAAGAUGCGAAGAGGGUUAUGAACAGCUUAUCUCUGCCAAGGCGCUUCAUCAGCUGCACAUCCUCAUAUUCUUCUUAGCCAUUUUACACGUUCUCUACAGCUUCUUAACCAUGAUGCUUGGGAGGCUAAAGAUGCGUGGAUGGAAGCAUUGGGAGAAAGAGACAUCUUCCCACGAUUACGAGUUUUCAACAGAUACUUCCAGAUUUAGGCUAACUCAUGAAACGUCUUUUGUAAGAGCGCACACUAGUUUCUGGACUCGGAUUCCAUUCUUUUUCUAUAUUGGAUGUUUCUUCAGACAGUUUUUCAGAUCUGUUGGGAAAACUGACUAUUUGACAUUGCGAAAUGGAUUCAUCACUGUUCAUUUUGGUCCAGGAGCUCAAUUUAACUUCCAAAAAUACAUAAAAAGAUCGUUGGAGGAGGAUUUCAAGCUGGUUGUUGGAGUCAGCCCGGUCUUGUGGGCAUCGUUUGUGCUAUUCCUACUCCUAAAUGUUGAAGGCUUCAAGGCAUUGUAUUUCGGAACUGCAUUGCCGGUUAUUAUAAUUCUAGCUGUGGGGACGAAACUUCAAGCGAUCAUGGCAAGGAUGGCUAUGGGGAUCACCGAUAAACAUGCAGUUGUUCAGGGAAUGCCGCUUGUACAAGGCAACGAUGAGUAUUUCUGGUUCCAUCGUCCCCAACUGAUUCUCCAUCUCAUCCAUUUCGCCUUGUUUCAGAACGCUUUUCAGAUUACAUAUUUCUUCUGGAUAUGGUAUUCUUUUGGAAAAGAUUCAUGCUACCAUCCUAACUUCAAGAUUGCCCUUGUAAAAGUAGCAAUAGCUGUAGGAGUAUUAUGCCUUUGCAGCUACAUCACACUCCCUCUUUAUGCACUCGUUACUCAGAUGGGUUCGCGGAUGAAGAAAUCGGUUUUCGAUGAACAAACAUCGAAAGCGCUCAAGAAAUGGAGAAUGGCUGUGAAGAAGAAGAAAGGAGGGAAAGCGAGGACCACCAAGAGACUAGGUGGAGAUGGAAGCGUGAGCCCUACGGCAUCAACGGUUAGGUCUUCUUUGUCCGUACGGUCAUUGCAGCGUUAUAAAACCACAGGACAUUCGAUGAGAUACGAAGGGCUUGAACCUGAGACAUCAUCGGAUCUAGACACUGACAACGAGGCUUUGACUCCACCUAUGUCACCAAAUGUCGAGCUUGUUGUGAAGGUUGAUCAAGAUAAGAUGGAGACCAAGACCGGUGAGACUAGCCGUGCCGGUGAAAAUCAUUCUAAAGAGUUCUCUUUUAUCAAGCCUGCACCGAGUAAAGAACCAUCGUCGUAAAGAACCGUUACUACGGAUAUAUAUUUAUUUGAAUGCAUUUGUAAAUCAAUGCCAUGGUGAAAAAGUAAAGUAUUGACGACCAUAUUAAUUAAAUUAGUGUUUUGUCUUUGCCAUUGCUAUCAUUGUCGUCCAUAAUCGGUUAUUAGAGAGAUGUGGGUUAAGAACA